AUUUUUUUCCUUUCUUAUUUCUUACCCUGUGUCUGUUCUGGCCCUCACUUUGCCCUUGAUGCCUUUUUAUUUCUAGAUUCUCCAGCUCUGAGGCUCUGACCCUUCUUUCUUCCUAUAUAUCUCUCUUCAACCAGAUCCCAACUAACGCCUUCGGGGAAAUUUCAGUGAACCCCUCAUGACGCUUGGCUCAGGAGGAUCCAGUGUAGUGGUGCCUCGGAACUUCAGAUUGCUGGAGGAGCUUGAACGUGGUGAAAAAGGUAUUGGGGAUGGAACUGUAAGCUAUGGAAUGGAUGAUGGAGAUGACAUUUACAUGCGUUCCUGGACUGGCACCAUCAUUGGUCCUCAUAAUACUGUGCAUGAAGGUCGAAUUUAUCAGUUGAAGCUGUUUUGUGAUAAAGAUUAUCCAGAGAAGCCACCAAGUGUCCGAUUUCAUUCACGGAUCAACGUGACAUGUGUUAACCACGAAACGGGAGUGGUGGAACCAAAGAAGUUUGGACUUCUUGCAAAUUGGCAGCGGGAGUACACUAUGGAGGACAUACUGACACAGCUGAAGAAGGAGAUGGCAGCCCCACACAACCGGAAGCUAGUCCAACCUCCUGAGGGUACCUACUUCUAGCUUUCAAGGUCAUAUAGAUAUAUAUAUAUAUCAUAUUGCCUUUGCAAUAUGCAAUAUAUAGUUUGUACUCCUGUGUUGAUUUGGUGAAGUUUGGAACAUACAGGGGAGUGCCCAAAAAAGGCUUCUCCAGUUACCUCUCCCAUUUUGUUUUCUCUUAUGAAACUCUGUUCAAGGGAUGCUGUUUGAUUAAUGGGAUUUGUCCGUGUGUCAAAUAUUAAAAAUAUCCACUAAGUAGUAUUUUCGGUUCUAGCUCUACUUGUAUGUCAAAAUUGUACGUCUUGCCUCUUCUUUGGUUGUUUUCUCUAAUGCCUCUGGCUAUUGAAGAAGCAGGAGCGGUACUAUUGUUUGUUCUACCACUGUUUUGCUGGAACUUUGUUGCAUAUUUUUUUGAACUGGAACUUUAUUUCAGUUGGUUCCUAUAAUCCCAAAAAGUUAUGAUGAUAUCUGGGAAGGGCUCCUUCUCCCUCUUGUUGCAGUGUUAAGUUCGUAAAAAGUGGCUAAGCUGGAGAUUUUCUUGGCAAGGCAAAAUUGUCUAAGAAGGCAAAUUUUGGAGCUCUCUGGACUUCAUGAUCUUGUAACAUUUUCCAAAUGGAAUCAGGAGGUCUUGUAUACAUUAUUAGCUAGUUUUUUUAGCUAUUUAUUGCUGAAUGUUGAACUUGGAAACAGAAUCCUGUUAAUUUAAGUCAUUGAUGAGGACUCCCCUCCUUC